UCCACCACCAAGAAGUCCUCUCUCCUCCACUGUAUCUUUCAACGACUCCGCCUCGUCUCUGUCUCUCUCUCUCUCUGUCGUGGUGGCAAGCAUCGUCCUCCUGCUGCCGAGGAAGUCAUGGUUACCCCACCGAGCACCAGUCUUCAGCAAACGCUGCAGGCGGUGGUGCAGAGCGUUCGGUGGACAUAUAGCCUCUUCUGGCAGCCCUGUCCUCAACAAGGAAUUCUGGUGUGGGGAGAUGGGUACUACAAUGGAUCGAUAAAGACGAGGAAGACGGUGCAGCCAGUGGAGGUGAGCACGGAGGAGGCCUCCCUCCAGAGGAGUCAGCAGCUCAGGGAGCUCUACGAGUCGCUCUCGUCGGGAGAGGCCAACCUCCCGGCACGGCGACCUUGUGCUGCACUCUCGCCGGAGGAUCUCACCGAGGCUGAAUGGUUCUACCUCAUGUGCAUUUCCUUCUCCUUCCCUCCUGGCGUCGGGUUACCAGGGAAGGCAUUUGCAAGGCAGCGACAUGUUUGGCUCACAAGGGCAAACGAGGUUGAUAGCAAGGUCUUCUCGAGGGCCAUUCUCGCAAAGAGUGCUCAUAUUCAGACAGUUGCGUGCAUCCCUCUCGUGGAUGGAGUCCUCGAAUUAGGUAACAUAGAAAAGGUUGAGGAAGAUAUGGCGUUGAUACAACGUGCAAAGAGACACUUCAUGGACUCUUUCGAUGCACAUACCAAGCCUGCCCUCUCAGAGCACUCGACUUCUAAUCCUUUUGCGAGGGCAGACCAUCAUCAUCCACUGUAUCAGCAACCAGCGAUGAUGCAACAGAUGAACAUGGACAUACACGCUUCCAACCGAGAAGAGGAUGCUGCUCAUGAUGACGAGGAGGACAACGAUGAGGGCGACGAGAUAGAAGGCAGCUCCCGAUCGGAACUCGGAGCGAUGAAGUACAGCGUUGAUGUUUCUGUGCCUCCUGGUCUGACGGUGGCGGCGGCGGAGACGAUUCCAGCGGCUGAAGCAAGCGAGUUGAUGCAGCUUGAGAUGUCGGAAGACAUCAGAGUAGGCUCCAUCAGCGAUUGUUCCAAUAACCUGGACCCAGAACAGAUGCCCGCAGCGCAAUCUAUCUGUAAAAACUGGAAUUGUCUUCUUGAAGAUCUUGGCAAUGGGUUUCAACAGCCAUUAGGAACUCAGGAGCAAGAUUUAUCGCCAGAAGAUGCCCACUACUCUGAGACGGUGUCCAGUGUUCUACGACACAACCUGAAGCGAUGGGUGGGCUCGAGCCCCUUCAAUGACGUGAUUCAAUCGCAGAAGUCAGCCUUCUCCAGAUGGAGUUCCGAAAGAGAUCGUCUUCCGGUGUGCUCACGAGGGAGCUGUAUUUCGCAGUGGUUGCUGAAGAGUGUCGUGCUCAACAUUCGCGAUCUACAUUGCAAGUUGAGCGACGGCAGCUCACCCAAGUCGACGGAUGGAGAGGGCGGAAACAGGUUCCAGAAGGGCGCGGCGCAAGAAGAAAUCAGUGCCAACCAUGUUCUCGCUGAACGCCGCAGGAGAGAGAAGCUCAACGAGAGGUUUAUGAUCCUCCGUUCAUUAGUUCCAUUUGUGACCAAGAUGGACAAGGCUUCAAUACUUGGCGACACAAUCGAGUACGUGAAGCAACUCAGAAAACGGAUUCAAGAUCUUGAGGCAAGAAACAGGCAAAGCGAUCGGAGGCUGAAAGCAAUGGAGGUUGACAAGCCAGAUUACGCGGUCAACUACAAACUGGACAACCAUGUGGUGGACAAGAGGAAGCUACAAGCGCUCGAGGGAAGCAACGGAGUGGGCGUGCAUGCGUCCGUAGUAGAAGAAGAUGCUCUCCUGGAGCUACAGUGCACUCACAGAGACGGGCUACUGCUGAAGGUUUUGCAGGGGCUUCAUGAGCUGGGAUUGGAGGUCUCUUCCGUGCACUUCUCCGCCAGCAAUGCCGUCUGCAAUGCAGAGUUACGUGCUAAGGUGAAAGAGGUUCAUGGGAAGAGAGUCAACAUUGCAGAUGUGAAGAAGACCAUUGACCAAAUAUUUUCUGAUCAUUAAAACUAAUUCCUGGCUGCAUAUAUAUAGAUAGCAUUAAUACUAAUAUAGUAUUCUCAUAGUCACCUGUAUUUUAUGGAUUGUGUGAUCAUCAAUAGGUUCUCUAUGCUUGUAAUAAUUCUUGGUUGAUGACAUAGCAAAGGUUGCAACAAAUAACUUGAAAACCAUAUCAUUGUUUUCCA